GAGAAAGCAGAAGACGUGCACGGAAACUUGUCCUCAGCAGGCGGGAACUGCUGAGUGAACUGACUACGAACUCCAGAUUGGGUAAUUAUUUUAAAGACUUUGUAACAUUAUAAGUAGGGUACAAUGGGGUCAAAUAUAUCAACUGAGCAAAAUCAUGCUUAUUUAAUCCUGCAAAGUGUGUUAAAGCAGCAUGGAAAAACACUGGACGAAUCAUCCUUACAAAGCCUGUUGCUCUGGGUUCAACAUAACUUUACAGAACUGAAUGUAACUAACUUUCUAGACAAUGUUUUAUGGGACAGAGUGGGGGUGCGACUGUGGGAGGAGGUAACGCAGGGAAAUGAAAAAACUACAAAAGUUUUAAAACCAUGGAGAAUUUUAUACGAGACCCUGAGAGACCAAGCAACUGCAGAUCAAACCCUCCCCGAAAUCCCUACCACCAAUCCAGGCACCCCAAAUGCAUGCAUACCCCUGCAGGACGAGCUUCCCAUGCCUCUGCCCCUGUCAGUAACUGAAACUGUUUCUGAAUUGCCCAGAGAAAGACAAUUUCGCAAUACCGCUACAAAGCAUGUGCAAGGGGCUUUUCAAAGGUGCAAUGGGGAAAUCUUUCUGAGCACAAAGGUUCCAGGGACGACUAAUUCCUUAUCGGAGGAAAACUGCUGGGAUCCAGAGGUAUUCGACACCGAUAUGACAACCCUCCCCGACCCCAGGUUACGGUGGGAGGGCUUACGGCGGGAGGCUGCUGUGGCUGGGGACAUUGACAUGCUAAAAACCUUUCCUGUUUACAAACGACCAAACAGACUCCCGCACUGGGAACCUGUCCCGUAUCCAGUCUUAAAAGACUUGAAAAAAUCAGUCACAGAGUAUGGGUUAGAGGCCCCAUUUACAAUGGGUAUAUUGGAAAAUCUCUUUAGUGCCUUUACUCUAACCCCCCACGACUGCUCCUCCAUCGCUAGGAUGACUUUAACCACAAUGCAGUUCACUCUAUUUGAAACAGAGUGGAAAAACCUAAGCAAAAAAACUGCAGAAGAAACUUUAGCUACAAACAGGACCCCUAUAGCAAACACGCUGAACAAACUGCUUGGGGAAGGACCAUAUGCUGCCCCUGCAGCCCAGGCACGGAUCCCACUCCGUGAUUUAAACCUGGCAAAGGACCUGACACUGCAAGUUUUCCGUAAAAUCUCUAAGGCUGUGAUACAAUCCCCCUCUUUUACUAUGGUUCACCAGGGACCACAGGAGCCGUUUUUUCAGUUUGCAGACAGGUUCAGAGAUGAGAUUAACAAACAGAUCGAUAACACAGUUGCACAAGAUGCCCUGUUUCAGAAACUUACUGUGGAACAGGCGAACCCAGACUGCCAAAAGAUACUAAGGGCUAUGCGGAACCCCACACUAGCAGAAAUGUUGCAAGCUUGUAACAAUGUCGGAACUCAGGUUCACGCAUCUGUUUCCCUAGCUGAAGCUUUGGUCACAGCGCGAGAGUCCCUUGCCCUGCAAGAACGCUGCUUUGGUUGUGGGCAAACAGGUCACAUAAGGAGGUAUUGCCGGGCAAAAAGGUAGUCAAACCAACCCCCUGUCUGUCGCCGCUGCAGAAAGGGUUCACAUUUUGCAAAAGAUUGUCGCUCUAGGUUCACCAAGGAAGGCCACCCACUGCCGCCGAGAGGAAAUGGGAGAGGACCGCUCAGGGGAACAGCGCAAUGACAGAAAAGGUUCCUACAACCAACUUCAGCACCUGGUACCCGUCUCCUCUCUCAACCCCCAUACCUCAGGCAGUGCCGGAGUCGAUCUAGCAGCAGCAUCGACCGUAAUUCUACUUCACUCAAAGGUACAGAUUGUUUCUACAGGGGUACAGGGACCACCAGGAAACGGAUGCAAUGCUCUCUUAAUCGGUUGUUUCUCGGCCUCCGCAUGCGGGGUUUUCGUUUUACCAGGAGUCAUAGAUUCAGAUUUUAAAGGAGAAAUUAAAGUAAUGCUUUGGACCCCCUCGCCGCCUGCCUGUAUCGGUAAAGGAACGUGAAUUGCACAAUUGAUCCUAAUACACGCACACCCCCCGGGUUGGAGUAACAGACAAAGGGGAGAUCAAGGUUUUGACUCCACAGGAGACCAACUGGUCCCUGGAAACUUUAUUAACUGGUCACAGACUCUAUCCACAGAUCGUCCAAUCCUCCGAUGCUCAGUUUUCCACUCUGUUCGCAAAGAGACAGUUUUACUCAGGGGCCUUGCAGACACUGGUGCUGACGCUACAGUGAUCUCUGAACAGCAGUGGCCAGCCACAUGGUCCUUUGUUUCGCCGAACACAAGUAUCAAAGGGGUGGUUGGAGUUGUCUUGCCGAAACAGAGCCUACAUCCUGUGGUUAUUACAGGACCUGAAGGUCGUUCAGCAAUGGUAAGACCCUUCAUUUUAAACCUUCCAGUUGCACUGUGGGGCAGAGACGCCCUUGGACAGUGGGGAAUCGGGCUCAGUUCAAAUUUAUCCUAAUGGUCGCUGAAAGGCAGCUAGUUCCAGCCCUCAAAUGGAAAACACACACCCCGAUCUGGGUUCCACAGUGGUCUCUACCCAGAGAUAAACUACUGCAACUUCAAAUUCUGGUAAAAGAGCAACUUCAAAGCGGACACAUUUCUCCAACAACAAGUCCGUGGAAUUCCCCAAUUUUUGUGAUUCAAAAGCGAAGUAGGAGGUGGCGUUUACUUCAUGAUUUAAGACGCAUCAAUGAGGUUAUCGAACCAAUGGGAACGUUACAACCUGGCCUCCCAUCCCCAGCAAUGUUGCCACAGAACUGGUCUUUAACCAUAAUUGACUUAAAAGACUGUUUUUUCACAAUUCCCCUGCAUCCCAGAGAUGCAGAGAGGUUUGCCUUUUCUGUGCCAUCUCUAAAUGCCAGCGAACCAUAUGCACGAUAUCACUGGAAUGUUUUGCCUUAGGGUAUGAAAAAUUCACCUUCUUUAUGUCAGCUUUAUGUAGCAAAUGCCCUGUCUCCAGUUCACCUGCAGUAUCCAGAGGUACUUAUUUACCAUUACAUCGAUGACAUCUUAGUGUGUGCAGCUAAUACAGACUUAAUGCAACAAGCUCUGAAAGCCACAAUUAAAGCAGUCAAGGAUCAUGGACUAGAAGUGACUCCAGAGAAAAUUCAACAGGAAUCUCCUUGGCAUUACCUGGGUUGAAUAAUCACAGAAACAUCUAUACAGCCUCAACGUGUAUCCAUCUCCACAUCAGUAAAAACCCUCAAUGAUUUACAGCAGCUUUUGGGUAUGCUUAAUUGGUUUAGAUCUCUCCUAGGAAUCUCCACAGAUGAACUGCACCCACUGUUUGACUAAAUGAAGGGAGAUCCAGACCUGACAUCACCUCGACAGCUGACUCCAGAAGUCAGCGCAGCUCUGCACAUUGUGGAACAAAAGUUGAAUUCACAACAGGGACAUCGACGCCUUCAAAAGGAACCUGUGACACUUGUCAUCAUAAAAGGACCCCGACAGCCCUACGGACUGAUAGGUCAGCUGUACCAGAACAACACUGCAUUUUGUUUAUGGGAAUGGUUUUUUUACCUCACCAAUUUUCAAAGACAGUUACCACACUGCCAGAAAUGAUUUCUAAGUUAUGUUAUAAGGGUCGAGUUAGAUGCUGGGAACUCACGGGCACUGAUCCCGAAACGGUUUAUUUACCUUUAACUACAGAGCAUUUAGAACAAUUGUAGACACUCAGUUUGGAUUUUCAAAUAGCUUUAAUUG